AUGUCGCUGAAUGGCUUGGAUGAUGCGAAGGUCAAAGAAGCAUACGAUGCUGCGGUAGCUGAGCCAGGAGGAUGGUUUCUUCUUAAGUAUGCUUCCAGAGACGAAAUAGAGUUGAUGGGCCGCGGGAACGGGGGAAUUGUGGAAGUAAGAAAUAAGAUUGGACAAUAUGAGGAACCAUCGCCGCUGUUCGGGUUUCUACGAUAUAGGCGACGGAAUGUAGUCAUUAAAUAUGUACCGGAUGGAUGUUCGAGACUGGUUCAAGCUCGCGUCACUGUUCAUUUUAAUGCUGUUACCGAAAAGUUUACUCCACACGAUACUAUAUUCGAAAUAACCACCGCGAAGGAGCUGCGGGAUACGACCCUUUCUGCCGCCUGUUCACUACAUACUGCCUCUGGAUCGGUCUCAUCUUCGACUAGUUCUUUGCGCCGACGACGUUUAAUGGAAAUUGCAGAGGAUGAGGAGGAGGAUAUUAGAAUAAAAAGGCAAUCCACAGUUCAGGAGGAACGCCCCCCUACUGCACAAACUAUUACCUCAACAUCUGGGACCCAGCCAACAGUUGAUCCGACCACCCUACCGCCAGAUCUACCGAAUUCAUUUACUUUCUCUUCUAUGGUUGCAGAAACGGACAACAACGAUACAUCUCCUCCUCCACCACGUUCCAAAGCAUUUUUGAGUUUCGAUCUUGAUACCUCUCCGCCGCCCCCAAGGGAACCGCGUGAAGCUGAGUUCGGAUCAUCAUCGCCUAUCACAACAAUUGACGAAGAACCUCGAAAAUCAUCCCAGUCGGCACGACCUGAUUUGUACCGCCUCCCAUCUUACGAGCUUAACGGCAAGCCUAAAGUCAGACUUGGACCUCGCCCUUCCCUCGAUGUAGGUAAGACUACUACAUCUGGAGGAACUCCUACCUAUCGUCCAGUGUCGACGCUUCCACAGGGGUUGAAAGUAUCUACAAAGGGGGGGUCGAAAAAGGGGCGGGCGAGUUUAAACUCGCAGGAUUCUGGAGAGCCUCCCAGUAUGAGUUUGUCACCACCUUCCAUUCCUGAAAAUGGAACCCUACCCACGUUUUUUCCUUCCCGCCCUCAUACAAGUGGUGGGCGACCCAACACCAGUUCUGGGGUCUCGGUUCGAUCAACAUUGUCAACAAAGUCAGCCACUCCCAAUGCAAAGGUCCCAACAAUUACACCGGAGAAGGCAAGACUUAUGAAGGCUAUGGAAAUGCGGAAGAGGCAAAUGAGUGCAUCUGCAUCUGCACAAACAUCUCCCACUUCUCCAAAGUUCUCAACAUUCAAUAGAAAUCUCGAGAUACCUUCCGCGCUGAGCCCACGGAUAUCACAGGGCGCCCCACAGGAAAUUCAAGACACCUUAGCUUUGCUGACUGACAUGGCCAAUGCAGACAAAUCCGCCGCGAUGGCACUUGAUACCGGUUCUGCUCUGAAAACGGACGAUUCAGAUGCUACAAGAAGCGACUCCUAUCCAGUAUCCCCUAUUGGACCUUCAGAAAAAGCUGAAUCAACAAGAGCAUCUUCUAUUUCGGAGUCGACAGAAGAAACCGUUCAUGAAGCGCCAUCCACUGAGGCAGUGACCAAAGAUAAUACUGCUGAGAAACUUCCCCCUUUCAAUUUGUGGGAAGGUACUGAAACCGAACCAAUUGUAAAGAUAUCAUUGCCAACUUCAGAACUAGACGGUGAAAUCAUGAUGUCGAAGGAGUUUGAAGGUGCUGAGCAAGUAGCUACCGGUCUUAAUCAUUCCGUAUCCCAACAUACGAUAAAGGAUAAUACGACGGCUACCACGGCUUCUCAUGGAGAAGAACAGCAAGAUGCCAAAUCUGAAGCUAUGUCUGAGGUCAUACCGGAUUCGCCACAAAUCCCCAUCACAAUGUCGAGCGCUCAAGAUUUGCGGGCUGCUGCAGAUAUCCAACCUGUUUCCACUGAACCUUUGCAAACUUCUGCCAGUGAACCCAUCUUCAAGACAUCUGAAAAGACCUUGACGGAAAGUCCUUUCGAUCCUGGAUAUAGUUUGUCACAAAAGAAGAAAGUCCGCAGCAUUGAGCCAAUUCGGACUAGUUUUGAUAUGAGUGGUCCUAAUUCGGAAGACAACUUCUCCUCGGACGACGAGCUCAUGGAUGAGCUGCAAUCUGCUGUGAUUCAGGAUGCAAAGCCUGUGUCGGUGGCUAAAUCACCAAUCAGUCCUUUGUUUCCUCAACCGACACAGAAUGAAAUCAGAAUUUCACGAACUGUCUCGAGCCCGCUGCAAUCAGUCAAUUCUAAUCCUCCACCCCUUACUGCACGGCCUGGUGGUGACCGACCUGUUUCUCGGCCCGUCUCAUCUUCUGCGAACUUACUAAACCGCUUAAGCAUGCAGCCUGUUGCUGCAGCUGUGGUUUCUAAAAAGGUUAGUGUGGGAUCUGGUGUUGCGAACAGGAUUAAAGCAUUCGAGAAGUUUCAAAAUCUAGCACCUGAGUCUUCUGCAACUCCAUCCACAUUAGGACCAACUCCGAGUGCAUCACCUACCUUCUUUUCUGUUCGAAGAAGUAGUGUUCUCGUUCCAUCGAGAACUCCUUCCAUUGCAGAACGCACAAAUGUUUUGACCAAGCAUACACCAGCCCGUAAUAUUUCACGAGAGGGAUCGCCAGAGGUUUCUAAAGGACGUGAUAGGUCAAGUUCUAUUCAGAAAAGAGUAGCUAUGUUGAAGCCUACUCCCACUUCUGAACUCAGGGCGACUCAAUCUCGACCUGAAUCGGUUCAGGUCACGGCGCGCAUUAUUAGAGACCCUAAUCAGCCAUUUCCUCGAAAGCCAGAAGUUGGCAAAGAUCUUUCAAAUUAUAAACCUCUAGCAUUAAGAGAAUCACCACUGAUAAUAGAUCACCAGAAAGCCGUUGCUAGUCCGAAAGAGAAUUCACUCGACAGGCGUUUAUCAACGUCAUCUAAAACUACCAUAACUACUAAUAAUGAGAGGCGAUCAUCUAUUGCAAUGGUCAAAGACCUCAUCAACGACCGUCGUUCUUCAAUCUCCGAGCGUCGGCGUUCUACUACCACCAUUGAACCUUCGGCAUCUUCUCCAGCCGUUAUGUCGCCAUCACAACUUUCUUCCACUCAUAUUACAUCUCCUAUCCGUAAAUCACGGCCAUCGUCCAUCAGCAGCCGCCGCAGUAUUGAGUAUUCCGAGUUCUCUCCACCACCAACAGCUAGCUCAACAUCUUCCGGGAAUGACGACAAAUCUGACAAAAGAUCUGGUCGUGCAGGUCGUAUGAUGAAGCGCAUGUCCUCUUCUCUAACUUCGAGUCGCAAAGCUAUUGCACAUGCUAUCUCACCUACAGUCCGUGAGGAAUCAGAGACACCAGUUUUCCCUGAUUCGGGGACCGUUCCAUCUCAACCCUCUUUGGCAGCUUCACCUACGGUUGCUCAUGAUAUUGGCGAUGUAAACGUUCAGUUUCCUGAUAGUCUUUUAUGGAAGCGUAGGUCCAUGGUAGUCGAUAUCCAAGGACUCAUUAUUAUCACGGCUGGUGGAAAUGAUAAAGGAGCAACACGAAGAUUUCAUCUUGGUGAAUUCAGAGCUCCUGAAAUUCCAGAUGUUGAUAUGCAAGAACUGCCAAACAGUGUUGUAUUAGCUUUCUUGGAAGGCGGUGAGCUGCAAAUCGCAUGUGAGGAUCGAGCUGGCCAAGGACACACUUUGAGUGUUUUACAAGAAACUCACGGACACUGGGCAGCCUAUGGCCAAUAA